UAAGACAAUUUUCACGAAAUUGGGAAAAAAAUUGUCAGGACUUGAAAUUUUACCGGUGAUGCCGGAAACCAACCAAAGGAAUUGAACGUGGAUCGUCCCUAAAUUGCGUUGUCAAUUUGUUUCACCACAUGAAAACUAACGAAUGCACAGAAAGUAAUGCAGAAUUCAGAUGCCAUUUUAUUUCUAUAGCAUCUUUCGCGCGUACUUAUCAAUGUGACAGAAUGCAGUGUACAAACAAUGCUCUCAUCACGCAGUACUUUCAGUGCUUGUUGAUUUAAGUGAACUAAAUUGUGUGCGACACGUAAUAGAAUAUGUCCCUCUCCAACGUUGGAAGCUCACUAACGGGAUUACUAAAGGCCCACCCUGGACUUCAGCUACUCGUUGAUCGCAAUUGUGUUGUUCGGGCGGACAAUGUUGCAGCCGAUGGCAAAGUGAAGUUGAUUUCAGGCGGCGGUAGUGGUCAUGAACCAGCCCAUGCCGGAUAUGUAGGUAGAGGAAUGCUGACCGCAGCUGUAUGUGGUGAUAUAUACAGUUCACCCUCGGUUACCGCCAUACUGGACUGUUUGAGAUCGGUGGCUAGCUUUAAAGAUAGUGUAAUUUUUAUAGUUAAAAAUUACACUGGUGAUCGAUUAAGCUUUGGGAUGGCACUUGAAAGGGCACAAGCUGCGAUGGGUUUCGAAAACCUAAGGAUGUUAUUGGUGGGUGAGGAUUGUGCUAUUGAAGAUAGCAAUAUUCGGAAAUCUGUUGGAAAGAGAGGCUUGGCCGGUGUUGUCCUGGUUCACAAACUGUUGGGUGCUAUGGCCGAAAAAGGUUGUGACAUUGAAGAGAUAUACAAUUUUGGAGAACGUUUGAUACAGGGAAAUUUCGUUGCAACGAUUGGAUUCACUUUUGAUCUGAAAGAUGAUACUUUGGAGAACAUUGAAAUCGGAAAAGGCAUCCACGGUGAACCAGGUGUGUACACUAUGAAAGCAUGCAAGGAUUUUAGUAGUAUCAUCGAUUUUGCCAUCGCCAAACUGACCAAUCGAGUUUCGAAGGCAGCCGAUGUUGUGCUUUUAAUCAACAACCUCGGGGGAACUUCGGAAUUUUUGAUGGGAAUAUUUGUGAACAGUUUAGUUGAAAAAAUCAAACCAGUUUAUUCAGUUCGCCGAAUAUAUUGUGGAACAUUUUUAUCAUCACUAAAUCAAGCUGGCAUUUCAGUUACAGUUCUUAACCUUGGCUACUCUCAAAAAAUAUUGGAAUACUUGGACUUUGCUGUUAACACUCCAUCAACACUUUUUGGAAAGUCUGAUGCAGCAUAUCUACCAAUAUCAACUACUAUUUACAUUGGUAUACCUGAACCACUAGUGCCAUUAAAUAUCUCGAACAUGUAUACAAUCAGCGAAGACUUGGGUGUCAAGCUUGCUUCAACCAUACUAAACUUUGUUUGUGAAGCGCUAGUUUCUUGCACAAGUAUGCUGAACAUCAUCGAUAGAGAAGCUGGGGAUGGUGAUACCGGAACUACCAUUGGAAAAGGGUCCGGUGCAAUCUUGGAGCAAUUAAACGCGGGCAAAUUAGACCUAGCCCAUCCAAGACAUCUAUUGCAACAAAUAAGCAUAAUCCUGCAGCAAGAUAUGGGAGGCUCAUCGGGUGCCUUGUACAGCCUAUUCUUUCAAGGUGCCUCAACGGUUUUCACAUACCCUGCCGAAGGUAACCAAACCGUUUCCAUUGCUCACUGGAGUCGUGCAUUAUGUGAAGGAAUCGACACAAUAGUUAAGUAUGCCCUCACGGAAAUCGGCGAUCGCACAAUGCUUGACGCACUCAAAGAAGGCGAGCAAAGGCUUGCGUCGUCCGUUAGUCAGGGACUACCGGUGUUGGACUGCGUGGAAAGCUUUACCAAAGGUUGCGAGGAAGCAGCUCGGAAGACUCAGCAGAUGGUUGCCAAGGCAGGCCGUGCGUCAUACGCUGCUUCAUCAGCAACGCCGAUAGUCUAUAAGUAUCCCGAUCCAGGGGCACAUGCUGUUUCGAUUUGGGCUCGCGCAUUGUUUGAAGCAUGUAAACAAGUGCUAGUUUAAUAAACAUAUCUCACAAUUAA